AUGGAUCCCUCGUCGCACCAGAAUGAGUGGUACGACUUCGACAACUUCAUCGAGUUCCCGUCGGGUGAUAUCGACAGCAAUUCCACCUCUGUGGACUCGAUCUCUCCCAAGGAUUACGCAUUGAAUUACUCCGACGUGGACGGGUCCAACUGGAACUCUGACUUUGGUGUAGACUCUCAAGCACCAUUCUCCAGCCUCGCUGGCUACGAGAACCCAUUAGAAGAGUGUGCUCUGGGUACCGAGCCAUUUGCGGACCUCAGCGAGAUCCUUCAAUUCCCUGCGUCGUCUGAAAGCGAAGGGCUGGUUGGAUCUACCCGUGAUGACACUUGGUCAUCUAGCUUCCCAAGUCACAGCGAACACUUCUACUCAACCAUUCGCCAGAUGGUAGAGUCUCAGGCAGCAGUUGAUGUACGUUGCUCGUCUAGUAAGGAAAAGCGCAUGGAAGCUUCCAUUGCUCUACAUAUGCAACGCCUUCACGAUGUCUCUUUACCCGAAUUGGAUCUAUUCUCGGACUCGAACACCACAUUCGCUUCACCAUGCUGGUCGGAGACUGCCCGAGCAAACGUUUCUCACAGUGGGAGCCCAGCAACUACGCUUCUGUCCGAGCCCACCAGCAAGUCCCCCACUCCACCAGCAGCACCAGAUGGUAUCGCUGGAGGGAUGGAACUGGUGCUGGACAUGAAUAUGAAUACACCUGCGAACCUUCCAAGGAAACAAAAGCCUCGCUCACGGGCUCAGAAAGAAAAUUACAUCAAGGUUCGAAAGCACGGAGCUUGUGAAAAGCAUAGAAAACAGCAUAAGAGGUGUAACUGCCUUGAGGCAACUGCUUCUCGUGUUAACGUCAAGGGACCUGUUCUUUCUACCGCGAACGAAGUUCUAAGACCAUUUGGACGGACUCAACUUCACGUUCACGGUCCGGAACAGAACAGGAUUCUUCUUCAGACAAAGUUGAGGCAGACCAGCCCUCAACAGACUGUACAGCCUGCGGCGGUUGGGGACCGGAAUCAUGGAGACAGGCCCACAUUGGACACUCAUAUUUCCAGGCAUUCGCCUUGCUCGCCUCAAUACGCAGUGUGCACUUCAAACCUGGGCGGAAGGAAAUUGCACGUUCACUCACCAAUCAAGGAGGCGGCACCUUGGCAUGGUGUAGACCAAGUUCCUUCGUCACAUGGACAACUGGGGGCACUACCCGUACGGGAUUCACUCAAACAGCCUGUCACUGCACCGACGAACCUUCUCAGAUUGGUUUCCAAUCGCAAGCCUCUUGUGCAGACCACAACUGUCAUCGGCAGUCGCAACGAAAGCCAAACCCCCGAGCAAAGCAUUCAGCGGAUGCGGGAAAGAUGGCCAAUCAGGGCUGGACAGGAAACAGUGCAGUUGCAAACUAUACCGUUCACUCCGAACACAAAUGCUUCAGGCAGCGAAAGUUUGGUUGUCCAACAACGUUCGCUUUUCAGGUCUGCUGUCACGGGUCCUGUGCAUGUUAACCAAAAGCAACCCGUAUUUAGGUAG